CGAGCCAAUCAGACUGGCUGGCGCGUCAUGAGCCCGUGUUGUCAACAGAGAAAGUGCUGGUAAAACAUUGCAACGCUACUCAACAGGAUGGCGUCGUUUGUGACCGAAGUGCUCGCCAGUUCUGGUAAACUGGAGAAAGAGGAUCUGGCCGGUAAAAUAAGCAAAAUGUCGCGAAAGGUGGAAGAUACAAAGGAGGAAGUGUGUGACAUGAUAAACAAGAGGUACAAUGAAUUCCUGCCAAGCCUUCAAGCUUCUGAGGAGUUACUGCUACAAGUUGAUUCUGUCUCCAAAGAAAUCGAAGCUCUUAAAAACUGCAUAGAGACUGAGGUGCAGCAGAAUAUAAACGUUGCUGUGACUGAAUUUACAAAGCUAAAGCAGCAGCUGGAGAAGAACACUAAUAUUAUAAAAAUGCUCGAACACCUGAAAGAGUUUCACAGCGCAAUGGAGGCGUUCAACAAAGCUUUGAUCGAGAAGAAGUAUGUCGAUGCGGCCAAUCACUUGGAAAGGGCAAGGAAAAGUGUGAAUUCACUCAAGGGAUGGAAGACGUCUCAGCUGCCGCUGCUCGGUGCUCUGAGCGCUGAGUUAACAGUGCAGAGAGAAAACCUAAUUUACCACCUUGGGGAUGAAUGGAAGCACCUCGUCAUCUGGAAAUUACCUCCCUCAAAGGAGGCUCCAGGUCAGAAGUCCUUCCUCAAGGUGGAGUUGACGUUAAGUGAUCCCUGCAGUAAAGAUGGUGAACCCAAACCUCAUGCUCUGCUCUGCUGUGUCCUGCAAGCUCUGGCCAUCCAGGGAGACCUUCAGCACAAGAUCAAACUCUUCAGUCAGGUGCUUUUGAAGAACAUGCUGAAGCCGUUGGUGAUGUUCGCCUCGCUGUCGGUGAGGGUGUCGGAGCAGCAGGGCGAGGGAACUAUCCUGGCCUUGCAGUGUUUGGAGGAAAGCCCCGAGCAGAGAUCCACACCUUCACAAGUCUACAACAAACUUCUCUUGGUGCUCAAGACACUGCAUUCACACCUGUUUGAUGUAUCUAUUGGGGAUAAGAAACUCGCAUCGAUCCUGGGGGAGCUGAUUUGGGAGGAUAUAUCACAAUGUAUCAUCCACGAGUGUCUCGUCCACUCUAUCCCUACAAACAGCAGCCAGCUGGAGAAAUACAACACUGUGAUUAAAGAGACAGAAGAGUUUGAGAAGGCUCUGAAGGAGAUGGAGUAUCUGCAGGGAGAUUCCACAGACCUGCUAAAAUAUGCCAGAGAUGUCAACUGUCAUUUUGCCAGCAAAAAGUGCAAGGAUGUCAUCGUGGCAGCGCGCAAGCUUAUGACCUCCAAGAUGCACAACACUGUCAAAAUCACACCAGACUCAAAGCUGCGUCUUCCCAAGCUGCCUUCUCCGAGUUCAGAUGUGAAAAUAAGACAGGAUGCCACAAAGGAGGAAGUGACGAUGGAGAACUCGAAGCAGCUGUCUGCUUGGAGUCUGCGUCUGCCAGCCUGUCGCAUCAGUGAGUCGGUGCAGCAGCUGAUGGAGCUGGCCCUCAACACCCUCUCUGAAGCUGUCGGCAGCUCCACACAAUGUGCCUUGCAACUCUUCUUCACUGUGCGAAACAUUUUCCAGCUGUUCUAUGAUGUUGUGCCAACAUACCACAAGGAGAACCUGUUAAAGUUCCCCCACCUCGCUGCUAUCCAGCACAAUAACUGCAUGUACCUGGCCCACCAUCUGCUCACCCUCGGUCACCAUUUCAGAACCCACUUGCCGCAGCCCCUUAACGAGGGCGUGGCAACGUUCGUUGACAUGGUGCCUGGAUUCAGAAAACUGGGUGCCCAGUGUUUCUUAGCACAAAUGAAUGUUCAGAGAGCUGAACUGCUGGAAAGACUUUCCACUGCUCACAACUUCUGCAACCUGGAUGAUGAAGACAACUAUAUUGCAGCCAGCAAAGCAGUACGACAGGUCAUUCAUCAGUUGAAGCAGCUGGGGACGGUGUGGCAGGACGUCCUUCCAGUCAGCAUCUAUUGCAAAGCCAUGGGCAACCUCCUCAACACAGCCAUCACAGAAAUCAUUGCCAAAGUCAUGAUACUGGAGGAUAUUUCCUCUGAGGACGGGGAACAUCUCCACACUCUGUCCCAAAACAUCAUUGAAGAAGGCCCGCUGGUCUUCAUCCCUCUGGCUGAAGAAAACAAGAAUAAGAAAUAUCAGGAGGAAGUUCCGCUUUAUGUGAAGAAGUGGGCCACCUUCAAGGAACUUGUCAUCGUGCUGCGAGCAAACCUGCAGGAGAUUGUCGACAGGUGGGCUGAUGGAAAAGGCCCGUUGGCCAUGGAGUUCUCCAGCUCGGAGGUGAAGAGUUUGAUCCGAGCUUUGUUUCAGAACACCGAGAGGAGGGCUGUGGCUCUGACCAAAAUCAAAUAGAUUCUUGGAACAAACAACCACCAAAAACAUAUCGUAGCACUUUUUUCCCCUGCGGAAAGUAAGAUUCAUGCCUUUGUUCAUUUCUUCUUUGUGUCAUAUUCACGAAAUGCUUGCAUGUGUACAUAAUAGACAGUUUGUCACAAAGAAAAGGUUAAAGGAGGUUUUGGUGUCAGAUGAAAGCUUGUUGUAAUCAGUCUGUGAGACGUGUUGAGACUGCAAUUAGUCCUGCAGAGAUUACACAGAGGAGUCUGUACACCAUCAUCCCACAGCCUUGGUAAUAGCUGUGGAGGUCUGCAUCUACAAACCAGCUGAGGUUGUGUAACCAGUUGUUUGCCAUCUGUUGGCAUGUGACAGAGGAUUCAGGGUUAAUUAAUCGCAAUUUCAUUUUGUUUUAUUGGUCUCAGCUUUUCUGUGCUUUAGUUAUUUGAGACGAGUUCAAAUGUCAGGUUUGUCAUGAUGCUAAAACGCCUUUAAACAAGCCUGAAGUGCUGACAAAUGACUUUAAUCACUAUUUUUUUUUCUCUGUUAAAACUGAUAAACUUGUCCUCUGUGUAUUUAUUACUUGUUUAAAUAAACCAAACACUCACAUUUUCA